GUUCAACCAUUUAAAAUCCGAGGUGUAUAAUGAAGUUUCUAUCGACAAUGAGCCAGCAGUGAGUGUCUAUAAAUGGAAAUGAUACCAUUGACAACUCUGUGUUGGAGAAAUGUUUUUCCCGUUUGGCUGGUUUUAAGAUUAGGGCGGAGCAAAUAGAUAGGAAGUGAAACCGGGUUGUGAAAAAAGUGCACACGCCUUUUAAAUUCUCCAGAUUAAAUUCUUCGGUAAAAGGACACGCCGACAACUGGAAGCCUCACCGAACUGCUCAACACGGCCGGCAGGUAAAGAGUUUACUUAUACUGCUGUGGGCAAAGACUACAACCUCUGUGUCUUUGAACAGGUUGUUGGGUUUUUAAACAAGGCAAAGGUCAUCGAACAAGAAAAGCUCAAGAAUGAAACUGUUAUUCUUCACCAUUUCACUCUUCAUAUUGACUUUGACCAUCUUGAAGUCUUCCAUAGCUGCUAAGAUAAUGGUGAUCCCACCAAUCAUGUUUGAAAGUCAUUUACAAAUAUUUAAAACACUCGCAAAGGCAUUGCACGGGCAGGGGCAUGAGAUGGUCAUUGUAGCAUCGAAAGGCCGGGAGAUCGAGGAAUCUCCUUAUUACAGGUUUCAGAAAUAUCCCGGCCUGUUCACUUCUCAAACUGCCGAUGACUUCCUCCAGGAGAAAAUGAAGAACAUCUUCUCAGGGAAGUUGACAGCGCUGGAACUCUUUGGCAUUUUGGACAGUUAUACAGCAAACUGUGACCAGAUGUUGGGCAACCGGGAUCUGGAGAACCGGCUCAGGAAAGAACAAUUUGACCUGCUCCUGGUUGAUCCCAAUGAAAUGUGCGGCUACGUAUUCGCUGAAAUCCUGGGCGUGAAGCAUGUUACGUUUUCCACUGGGCUGUGGUUCCCGGCAGAGCUCGGUGCCCCUUCCCCGGUUUCCUAUGUUCCAGAAUUUAACUCCCUGAUGACCGAUCGGAUGAGUUUCCUGGAGCGUGCUUGGAACAGUUUGAUCUACGUGGUCAGCAGAGUGGGCACCAGGUGCGCCGUCCUCCCUAAGUACGAUGCAAUUCUGCAGAAGCACAGGGCUAAACCGUCCAGAUCCAUGUUGGAGGUGGUCCAGGCUUCAAGCGUUUUCCUUCUCUGCACUGACAUAGCGCUGGAGUUUCCCAGGCCAAGUCUACCAAACAUUGUCUUUGUGGGAGGGAUCCUCACGAGGCAUGCAAACCCCUUGCUGGAGGACCUGGCCACCUGGGUGGAAGGUGCACCUGACGGAGUUGUGGUGGUCUCUUUUGGUGCUGGAGUCAAAUAUCUUUCAGAUAACCUGACAGAAAAACUAGCAGCUGCUUUUGCUCGGUUACCACAGAAAGUUCUCUGGAGGUUUUUUGGGAAAAGGCCAAGCUCCUUGGGAAACAAUACAAAGCUGAUGGAGUGGAUACCACAGAAUGACUUGUUGGGUCAUCCGAACGUAAAGGCAUUUUUAAGCCAUGGAGGUUUGAAUGGCAUCUAUGAGUCCAUAUACCAUGGUGUACCAGUGGUAGGAAUUCCAUUCUUUGGAGACCAUUAUGACAUCAUGACGAGAGUUCAUGCUAAAGGAAUGGGGAUUUUUCUAUCCUGGAAAGCUAUGACUGAGGAGGACAUUUAUCAAGCUAUUAUCACAGUGACCAUGGAUCCGAGGUACAAGGCGCAGGCAAUGUAUUUAUCCAAAUUGCAUCAUGACCAGCCUCUCCAUCCAGUGAACCGUACAAUCUACUGGCUGGACUAUGUUCUACGGCACAAUGGAGCAGCACAUCUGCGCCCCAGCAUGUAUGACAUGUUCUUCUACCAGUAUUACAUGCUCGAUGUAAUCGCUUUGUUUGCUGUGUGCGCAAUAUUAUUUGGUUAUUGUUUCUUGAAAAUGGUGAAGAAACUGAAAGGAAGUAUUUUGCCAAAGGUUAAAAGCAGUCAUACGCAGAAUGGCAUUCCAAAUAGAAAGACGGCAUCAGAAAGCAAAAAGCGAAAAUAAAUCAUUGUACCGAUCCUAUCAGGUUACUAUGGGAACUAGUACCUAACUGGCUUUUUUUUUACACUUGAAACUUAGUUGAAUUAUUUUGAUAACUGAAAUGUAAUGUGAGGUUUUAAGCCACAAAUGUGAUUUCUACUGACUUUUUAUAUGUAUAAUAAAGAUCUAUCUUUAUAA